AUGACUGUAUUCGCUUCAGAUGCCGCUGCUUUGGAGGCAGCAGGUAAGAAGCAGGUGUUGAAGCGGGAAUGGAACUUUUGGGCGUUGCUGGGUAUGUCAGCGUGCACUCUGUGCACAUGGGAAGCCACGAGCGCUCUCUUUGCUGGUGCUUACAGCAAUGGCGGUCCCGCCUCUGUUGUAUACGGAUUCAUCGUGUCUGUACUUGGAACUCUCUGCAUCGCCGGCUCCUUUGCUGAGAUGGCUUCUAUCUCGCCAAUUGCUGGGGCUCAAUAUCACUGGAGCGCUGAACAUUCGCCGGUCAGGUGGCGCGCUAUCAUCAGCUACGUGCAAGGCUGGGUCACCAUCACCGGAUGGGUCGCAGCUGUGGCAUCUGUGUGUUAUUUGAUUGCAACCAUGAUUCAAGGCGUUGCGAUCCUGAACUAUUCCGGCUACGAAGCGAAGCGGUGGCACGCAACACUGAUGAUGAUCGGGUUUGCUGGAGUGGCCGCGCUGGGAAAUACCUAUGGCAAGAAAUUUCUGCCGCUUUGGGAGACCUUGGGAGGGUUUCUCCAUGUGCUAUUCUUCUUCAUCGUUUUUAUCGCCAUUUUGGCCACUAGCACAAAGGCUAGCGACAAGGACGUUUGGGGUACAUUCAUCAACGGGGGCGGAUGGAGCAGUGACGGUGUCAGCUUCUGCAUUGGGUUCCUUACACCGGCUUUUGCACUCGCGGGCGUUGAUGCGGUUGUCCACAUGAGCGAGGAAGCGUACAAUGCGCCUCUCAACAUCCCUCGCGCGAUGAUUUGGUCAGUUACAAUCAACGGAUUGGCUGGCUUUGCAUACAUCAUUACAAUCCUGUACGCCAUCACCGAUACCGAUGCGGUUCUCACGACACCGACCGGAUACCCUAUAAUUGCGGUCUUUCUGCAAGCCACCAACAACCAGAAGGCUGCGACCGCGAUGAUGACUGCAGUCAUCAUUGUCUUCACUAUGAACCUCUUUGGGUGCACAGCAUCGGUCUCCCGGCUCAUCUGGGCAUUUGCAAGAGACCAUGGCCUUCCAUUCUCCGGGUUCUUCUCGCACAUCACCCCUUGGAAUAAAUGUCCGACGAAUGCUGUCCUCUCAAUCUUCGUCUCCGUUUCGCUGCUAUCUCUCAUCAACAUUGGAUCCACCACCGCCUUCAAUGCCUUGAUCUCUCUGACGACGCUAGGCUUUUACUUUUCCUACGCCAUCCCCACCGUCAUGUUCGCUAUUCGCCGCUAUGACACCUCCAAUCCUAUCAAUUUCGGACCUUGGACCAUGGGAAAGUUCGGUCUUCCGAUAAACAUCCUUACGGUAGCAUUCUGCGUGUUCCUCAUCAUCUUCCUGCCAUUCCCACCUUAUCUUCCGGUCACGGGACAGAAUAUGAACUACGCUUCUCCUGUAUUCGGGUUCGUCAUGAUUUGUGCUACUGUCAACUAUGCCCUGCGAGCCCGCAAGAAGUUUACCGGCCCCAUCAAAGAGGUCAGCAGUGAGACCAGCAGUGAGGAGGUCGUUCAUGAGAGUGUCAUCCCGGAGAAGCAGACUGCCAACUCGGAAUCUUCUUGA